AUGGCUGCUAACAGGAGGAGAAGGAGUAGUGGUGUUGAUGACAUCGCAGAGGCUAUUCACUGGAUGGUGGAUGCGAUGCAGCCACCCAUAGCAGUGCAGCCUAGAACGGCGAUUGCACCAAUCAGGGUGCUGACCGUGGAGGACUUCUUGCGCCACAAGCCAGCUGAGUUCACUGGCAAACAAAUGCAACAACAAAUGCAGACCCGAGAGGAACAGGUGGAUUGGACUAAUUUCAGGACGCAUUUCCUGGAGAAAUACUUCCCUGACACGGCUAAACAAGACAGGGAAGCUGAGUUCCUUGCACUGCAGCAAGGGGAUAUGACGUUUGAGCGAGGACUCAGACAUGAGCUGAAGAGGGUGGUAACACCUUUGAGGGAGAAGAGAUUUCCGGUCUUGGUGGAGCAAGCCAAGAGUGCAGAACAUCUAGAGAAGGGCCCUGGUCCAGUUGUCCGACAUCAGAGGAAUGUUGCAGAGGCUAGGCAACAGAAAAAGCCUUACAGCCGUCCCCCUGCCACCUCUGGAGACUUUAAGUGUUUCCAAUGUGGGCGCGCACACCUGAACAAGAAUUUCCCACAGUUGAAGAGUUCACCCAGGGGACAGGGGAGCAAUCACAAAUGUUUCAUUUACGAUCAGCCUAGGCAUUUCGCUAAUCAAUGCCCUGAGAAGAAGGCCAAUGCCCCGAAGAAAUCACUAGCCUUUGGAGCGGAGAGAGCUAGAGCAGUUGGGAGGGUCUUUGCCAUGACAUAUACUGAGGCUACUCAGUUAGGUAAUCUAAUAUUACAGUCUUGUUUACUUAUGGGGCAUGAUGUAAUGGUAUUAUUUGAUUCUGGCGCAACGCAUUUGUUUAUCUCUAAUGACUGUGUGGGGAGAUUGAGCCUGGAAAAAUGUGACUUGGUGUGUGAGUUGCUUGUUUCAACUCCUUCCUCGGGUCAGGUAGCUACUAGUUCAGUUUGUGUUGGGUGUUCAAUGGUGGUGGCAGGUCGCAAAUUCAAGGUGAAUUUGGUGUGCGUGCCCUUGGAGGGAUUGGACGUGAUAUUGGAGAUGGACUGGCUGUCUAGUAAUCACAUGAUAAUUGAUUAUGGACGGCGUAGUUUGGUAUUCCCAGAACAUGAAGUGUUGAAGUUGAUCUCAACUCAAGAAGCUGUGAAAGCACUGCAAGAAGGGGUCAUGUGUUAUAUGGUGGUGGCUAAGCCAAAGAAGAAAAGUGCUGUAGAGAUAAUCCAAUCUAUACCAGUAGCCAGUGAGUAUGCAGAUGUGUUUCCAGAUGAGGUGUCAGGAUUGCCGCCGAGUCGAGACAUUGACUUCACCAUUGAUCUAAUUCCUGGUGCAGGUCUAGUGUCUAUGGCUCCAUACAGAAUGAGACCUGCAGAGCUCGUAGAACUAAAGAAGCAGAUUGAGGAACUAUUGGAGAAGCAGUUUAUUCGCCCAAGCGCGUCACCUUGGGGAGCUCCAGUCUUAUUAGUGAAUAAGAAGGACGAGAGUUCGCGACUUUACGUGGAUUACAGACAACUAAAUAAGCUGACAAUUAAGAACAAGUAUUCACUACCAAGGAUCGACGACUUACUGGAUUAG